CUUCAUGACGUUCUCGUCAUAUUCGCAAAAUAGCAUAAACAUGGCAGAGGAAAGUGGUGGGUCUAGCUGGUGGGGAACAUGGAGCUCUGCCACAGAAUUAUUAUCUACUGUUCGAAACAAGUCUGCAGAGGCUAUGACGAUGGUGAAACAAGAUCUUGCUGAGUUUGUCAGCACUGUUCAGCAAGACACAUCAGCUGUGGUGGCUGAUACAGCUAAUGCUGUUAAAGAAAGUCUCAAGGUAGAUGAAGAGGAAGAACAAGAUGGCACUUCAGCUCGUUUAAAACAAGGUGUGUCCAAAUUUCUUGGAUCCUUGUCUACCAGCUUGAGAGACAACAUCUCUCAUGUUGCCACUGCAGCAGCAGCAGUCACAUCUGAUGGUCCUGAGCCAGUUUUCGACAAAAAGCAGGCACGCCUUCAUGAAAUUCAAACAGACCCAGCUACAUUUUGCUCAGAACCAAAUGGUCAUUUAGGGAUGUUUGAAGAAUGGUGUAAAACAUUUGACCCUGAUGAACACAAAGGAGAAAUCUCUGAGCUGCUGGUCAAUGUCCCAGAGAUCAGGGCACUGUAUGCUAAGUUGGUGCCAAGUGCUGUCACUCAUGUUCUUUUUUGGCAAAGGUAUUUCUACAAAGUACAUCAACUUCAGCAGGAAGAAAAGAAGAGAGCUGCACUUGUUGCAAGGGCAAACCAAGCAGAUGAUGAGGAUCUAGGUUGGGGAGAUGAAGAUGAAGAUUUGUGGGAUUUAGAUGAGCCCCCAGUGGAAAUUCAACCCACAACUAAACCUGAACGCAACAGAGACCCCCUCCCUGAUGAAAAUCCUUUAAGAAAUGUGACACAAGAACCUGCGAAGGCUGAGAAGUCCGGUGAAAUCACAGCUAAUAGUAAAGAGAAAAUGAACCUGUCUGGUGCUGUAGCGGAGGAACAAGAGGGAACUGUUACCACGUCCUCGCCUCGAAGUGAGAAACUGAGUGAAGAGAAAAGUUUAGGGCUGGAGGUUAAACAAAGGCCACAAGAAAUUGCUAUUCACAAAUCAGAGGAAGUACCUUCACAAAAAGCUGAACAGACUGAACCAACUCAACCAAAUAAUCAAGAUAUAUCUAACGAUCAACACGAACUGGCUUCUUCAGAGCCGUCAGGAGCACAGCCUGAAGGUAUAGCAAACGACAAAACAGCUGAUGAUGCGCGUCAAACAACUUUACACAAACGUGAUAACAGCAGCGGCUCUGGUGACAGUUCGUGGUCAAAAAUUAGUUAUGAAGACCUUAAGACUGAUGGAGAUAAAGGAGCUGAUACCAAAGAAACUGGAGCCGGGUCUGGGAAGAGCUCCAUCUCCUCUGGCAGUGGGGUACUGGUGCCCAAUGUGGAUGACAAAGAUGUGGAUUGGGACGAUGGCAAUGAUGAUUUGGAUUUUAACGAGGAGAUGUCCGAAGAGGAAGUCAAAAGAAUAAUGGAAAGUAUGGCUAAUAAGAAACAAACUGCUGCUGAUGAUGGUGCUGCGGAUCUUGAUGAUGAUGACUGGGAGAACUGGGACUAGCCGAGGAACCAAAAAAACAAAACGAAACAAAAAGACAAAUGUAGAGAAAAAACAAGGGAAACUUGGCCCGACUACUAGGAGGAGCAAGUUUACUAUUCUGAUAUUUUGUAAGAUGUUUUCAAAUAUAUUAUAUUAAGAGAAACACAGAAACUAAAAUUCUUAAGCAAGUACUUCUCAUUAAGACAUGCAAACAUACCUAAUCUACCUGGGGACUUUAAAGAAGGCGUUUUUUUUUUUACGCGGAUAUUGUAACAAGGUUUGCUACGCUUACUCCUCUAAGCUGUUUUCUAUUUUUAUGUUCUAUUUUUUUUCGGGGGAAGUGGAUAAGAAUUUGAGAAACAUAACUGCAAACAAAUUUCGUGUUAUUUCGGUCAAGAAGAUUAGGUUAUCAGAGAAAUCAAGAUUAAAAUGUAUUUACUGCAAGACAGUUCUAAUAAGUGCUGUGUCAUAAAUGGAACAAGUGUCCUAGCGUUCCCCGUUGA